GGGCCACGCCGUUCGGUCUCCGCUAUCGUUUCCCCUAGCUUCUGGGAAGGAAGUACCGAAGUGGAUAGUUCGCCGGUUUUCAUAGCUUUAGGCAGGCGAUGUUCUCGCUGCAGUGUAGUAAUUUUGCAACAAUAUAGGUCUAAUUUUUAAUUUAAACAUUUGCCUAAAUGGGUGCCUGGAGCAAUGGACAUUAAUAAUCAGUUUUACUGGGGAUUCUUCAGGCUAUUAUUUUAAGUGUAGACCUCUGUGUAUGAUAUUUGGUCUAUAGGCAAGUUAUCAGUAUGCUGCGAAAUAAGAAAAAACUGCUACUGGGUCCCCUGAAAAGGGUGUACUUACACAGUCAGUCAAUGUAUUGCCCAAAAUCAAGCACGCUAUGUAUAAAAAAGUUGAGAAGUCUUCUAUAUCUCCAGAGGAGUUAUAGUUCUACACCAGGUGAGGUUAAAUCUUUACGGUCUAUUAUCAGUCCACCUGCAUCUAAAAUCCGAAAUAUUGGUAUCAUGGCUCACAUAGAUGCAGGAAAAACCACCACCACUGAAAGGAUGCUGUAUUAUUCAGGAUACACAAGAAGCCUUGGAGAUGUUGAUGAUGGAGACACAGUAACAGAUUUCAUGGCACAGGAACGAGAGCGUGGCAUCACCAUUCAGUCGGCUGCUGUGACGUUUGAUUGGGCCGGCUGUAGAAUCAACCUAAUAGAUACACCAGGUCAUGUGGACUUUACAUUGGAGGUGGAACGAUCUCUAAGAGUGCUGGAUGGAGCAGUGGCUGUGUUUGAUGCCUCGGCUGGUGUGGAGGCACAGUCUCUGACAGUGUGGAGACAAGCAGACAAGCACCACAUACCACGAAUUUGUUUUUUGAACAAGAUGGACAAACCUGGAGUCAGUUUCAGAUAUGCUGUGGAGAGCAUUGAGCAGAAGCUGAAGACCAGGCCUUUGCUUUUACAGUUGCCAAUUGGGGAAGGCAAGAGCUUUAGAGGAAUAGCUGACGUUGUGACCAAAGAACAAGUUAUUUGGAAAUCGGCAACUGGAAUGGAUGAUGGGAAGAACUUUGAGCGGAAACCCUUAAAAGAAGCAGACAGUCCUGACUUGUUAAAGGAUACCAUUGAUGCGAGAACUACCUUAAUAGAACAAGUCGCAGAUCUGGAUGAUGAAUUUGCAGAACUGGUGCUUGGAGAGUUCAGUGAGAAUUUUGAUUCAUUGCCCGCUGAUCAGUUACACUCUGCUGUACGAAGAGUAACCCUGGCUCAGAAAGCAGUGCCGGUGUUUUGUGGGAGUGCGUCGAGAAAUAAAGGUGUUCAGCCCUUGUUGGAUGGCAUUACCAUGUACUUGCCCGCUCCAGACGAGCGCAGUUAUGACUUUUUGCAAUGGUAUGGGGAUGACCUGUGUGCUCUAGCAUUUAAAGUUCUCCAUGACAAACAGCGUGGGCCAUUGGUAUUUGUGCGCAUUUACUCAGGCACAAUGAAGCCUCAGUCAGCUGUCUACAAUAUUAACAAGAACUGCACGGAGAGAAUGAGCCGCUUGCUGCUGCCUUUUGCUGAUCAGCAAAUAGAAAUCUCUUCACUAGCAGCUGGCAACAUUGCCCUGACUGUUGGGUUGAAACAGAGUGCCACUGGAGACACCAUUGUUUCGUCAAAGGCUUCUGCAGUGGCUGCAGCCCAGAAAGCUGGGAAAGAUGUGGGGUCAAGCCAUGGUCAAACUCGUGGAGCGGAGAGCCUUCUCUUGGCAGGCGUCGAGAUCCCAGAGCCAGUCUUCUUUUGUACAAUAGAGCCUCCGUCCAUGGCAAGACAACCAGAUCUGGACAAUGCUUUGGCUUGCCUGCAGCGUGAAGAUCCCAGCCUGAAAGUCAAGAUAGAUGCUGAUACUGGACAAACUGUCCUUUGUGGCAUGGGAGAGCUGCACAUUGAGAUAAUUCAUGACCGAAUCAAACGAGAAUAUAGACUUGAGACCUACCUUGGACCUCUUCAGGUAGCAUACCGAGAAACCAUUCAAAACACAGUCCAAGCUACGGAUACGCUGGACAGAAUUAUAGGAGAAAAACGACACCAAGUGACUGUGGAAUUAGGCCUGCGCCCCUGGGAGGGAGAGGAAUCAGCAACAGCGCCGGUUAUUGAGUAUGCUGAAAAUACCUGCAGUUUGCUUUCGCCAGAACUCCGCGAAGCUGUAGAGAAUGGAAUUUGUACCUCAUAUGUGCAAGGACCUCUCCUGGGCUUUCCACUUCAAGAUGUAGUUGUGUCAGUGCAUGCUGUGACUGCUAACACUGGCACCUCCCCGACUGUGGUUUCUGCAUGUGUUUCUCGAUGCAUGCACAAGGCUCUGAAAAAAGCAGACAAGCAAGUGCUGGAGCCUCUCAUGAAUCUGGAAAUAACAGUGGGUGAGAGUCAUCUUGGUACGGUGCUAGGAGAUCUGGCACAACGAAGAGGCAGCAUUCAAGAAAUUCAGAGUCGUCAAGAUAACAAAGUCCUGAUUGCAUCAGUUCCACUAGCGGAAAUGAUGGGAUAUUCGACAGCUUUACGCACUUUAACAUCCGGCUCUGGGACAUUUACUCUGCAAUUGGCGAGCUACCAAGCAAUGAGCCUCAGUGAGCAAACUGCUUUGCUUAACAAGAGGAUUGGACUGGCAUAACGUGAAAGAUUAUUAGACUUAUUUUGGUCUGUGAAGUAGCUAAGAGCUGAUGAUUUGCCACAGUUAAAGUAUAUGGCCGUAAUUGUGCUGUCCUGUACUCUGUGGUCUGAAAGUAUGAAGACAUAACUUGAACAGACAAGCAUCUACGUAUGAGCAUCUUCACGUGCUUUCACUGGAAUAAUAAAAACCAGAAGCAUAGUGAACAGACUGCAGACAUUUUCUGUCAUUUGUUGCUCCACACAAGUACCUGAAAAAUGCAAAGACACAUUCAUACUUGACUUGAGGCCCAAAUUAGGCAUGAAGGAAAUGGCUGCUUUGUAGGAUGAACUGCCUGGCAAUAUACCAUACUGACCUGGAGGCUGACAACCCUAGAAGAAGAGAUGGAAAAUAAGUGGCUAUGGCAGUUUUCAGGAAAAGGGAAGAGGAAAUAGUGGGAGUUUAGGGAAUGAGAUGCCUCCGGUAAGUCUUUAUGGGUUCCCACUUGUUAUAUAUCUGAUUCUGAGCCUGGCUGUGGAGGGUGAAUCAAAAAUGCACGCAGGGACAAUUUUUGUGCUAAAUCGAGAGAAAACCCAUAUUUGCUAAAAAAUCUAAAAUCUUAAACCUUUCAUGUCCUGCUUUUUUAAUCCAAAUUAGAAACAGUAUCUGUAGCUUUAAGAAAUUAACUCCUGUUGAGAUCUUGUUCGCCACCACGGGACUACAUUCUGAAAACUUGGCUAUUUAUGAGGUUGCUGGGCAGCAACUAUAUUAUUGCUGGGUCUUCUAUACCUGGGAUCCUGCCAAUCAAGGCAGGGGUAAGGACUGAAAAAGGUAAAAGAUGGGCGUGAAGGAAGCAGGUAAAAGGGAGAGAAGAAGCUGAAGGGGGAGGGAAUAAAAAAGGGGGUAGGAUAGAUACUAUUGGGGCUAGUUGGGUAAGAAAAGAGAGUAUAGGGUUGGGGAGAAUGAGGUGAAAUGCCAGUUGAAAAAAUGUAAAUGCUUUAUAUUAUUGAAAGAAACUUCUGUGCUACAGAACUGUGAUGUGUUUUUAUGGAAGUGUUUAUUAAAGAAUGAAUAUAUUCUGUA